GAAGACCAGCAGCAUUCUGGGAAACGUUGUCCUCAUCCCCGUAUUCCGUUCCCACCGUGUCCGACGCGAAAGAUGCCGGCCGUACACCACAAAUUAUUACUCGAGGAGGCCUUGCAAGACAGUCCGCAGACGCGGUCCUUGCUCAGUGUGUUUGAAGAGGAUGCAGGCACUCUCACUAACUACACAAACCAGCUGCUCCAGUCUAUGCAAAGAGUGUUUGGAGCCCAGAAUGAAAUGGCUCUGGCGACAGAACAGCUUUCUAAGCAGCUCCUGGAAUAUGAGAAACAGAAUUUUGCUCUGGCCAAGGGCGAUGAAGAGGUGAUCAACACUUUACAGCACUUUGCCAAAAGUGUGGAAGAGCUGAACUCUCUGCACGCUGAACUGGCGACUCAGAUUGCGGACAAGAUGGUGUAUCCCAUGGUGCAAUUCAGAGAGAAGGACCUUACAGAGAUCAGCACACUGAAGGAGAUAUUUGGCAUCGCCAGUGAUGAGCAUGAAGCUGCCAUGGUCAAAUAUAGUCGUCUGCCUAAAAAGAGAGAAAAUGAAAAGAUAAAAGGCGAGGUGGUGAGAGAAGUGGCGUACUGCCGCAGGAAGCAGCAUCAGGCGGCGAUGCAGUAUUAUUGUGCUCUGAAUGCGCUGCAGUACAGGAAGAAGGUGGCCAUGCUGGAGCCAAUGCUGGGAUACACACACGCUCAGAUCAAUUUUUUUAAGAAGGGGAUGGAUCUGGUGUCGAAGAAGAUGGACAGUUUCCUCAGCUCAGUUUCUAACAUGAAUCGGAGUAUCGAGUCUCAGCUAGACGUGGACGCAGAGGUCAUGCGCUCGUCCCAGAGAGAGCUCCUGUCCGUGGACGACGCCGUCUACAUGCCGGAUCACGAUCCGGUCCCCGUGAAUCGCGCCCUCAUCCAGAAGGCCGGUUACCUCAACAUCAGGAAUAAGACGGGUCUGGUGACCACGGCGUGGGACCGCUUGUUCUUCUUCACGCAGGGAGGUAAUCUGAUGUGUCAGCCGCGGGGCGCAGUGGCAGGCGGGAUGGUCUUGGAUCUGGACAACAGCUCGGUCAUGGCCAUCGAGUGCGAGGACCGCCGCUACUGCUUCCAGAUCACUUCACCCAACGGCAAAACGUCUCUGAUUCUUCAGGCGGAGAGUAAGAAGGAAUAUGAAGAGUGGAUCUGUACCCUCAACAAUAUUUCCAGACAAAUUUAUCUAACGGACAAUCCUGAGGCUGUGGCGAUCAGGUUGCAUCAGACAGCUCUCCAGGCUGUGACGCCCAUCACUAGCUUUGAGAAGAGAGCAGAGGGUUCUCCCAACCCUGACCGAGCGAAGCCAGGCGGUGUGAGCUCUAGAGAGCCUCAGAAACCCCAGACGGCCCUGGAGCCUGAAGAUCUGAUCGUCCCGGGAACACCCAUCCAGUUUGACAUCGUGCUGCCCGCGUCUGAGUUCCUGGACCAGAACCGAGCUGGACCGAGACGCACAAACCCCUUCGGUGAGACGGAGGAUGAUGACGACGCUUCUGACACACACGAUGCACUCCUGCAGCAGGUGUUCGCUGUGCGGUUCUUGGGUUCGAUGGCCGUCCGGGCCGGUCACACACAGGAAGUGAUCUAUGAAGCCAUGAGGCAGGUUCUCGCCGCUCGUGCAAUACACAACAUCUUCAAAACCACCGAGUCCCACCUGAUGGUCACCAGCAGCUGCAUCAGACUCAUCGAUCCUCAGACACAGGUCACCAAAAUCAGUUUCCAGCUGAAGGACGUGACUCAGUUUGCGGCUCAUCAGGAGAACAGCAGACUGAUGGGCUUUGUUCUGCAGGCGAGCGACGGAGGCGAGGAUCAGCCCUCCUUCAGCGUGUUUGUGUUUGAGAGCAACACUGAAGGAGAGAAGAUUUGUUACACAAUAAACCUGGGGAAGGAGAUCUCCGAGGCAAAGAAGGACCCUGAAGCUCUGGCGCAGCUGAUGAAGUCCAUGCCUCUGACAAAUGAUGGCAAGUUUUUGCUGCUGGAGAACGAGACUAGAGAUGAAGCGGAAGCGUCCGGGCCGGAUGAUCAGGAGUCAGAGGCCUGAUCUCAACAUCCCCCACGAACACACACACACACACCCUGCUGCUGUUCUUCUGUCCUCUCUCCAAACAGACUAAUGAAGGAAAGCCAACAGGUGAUCGAGUGAACGUCACUCAUUUGUUUAGUGCUUACCCACUUUUACAUGAAGGCUAAAGGCUUGUUUUAAUCUCUCAGACACAAGUUUACGAGCUAAAGGAAUAAUUCACCCAAAAAUGAAAAUUCUUCAGUGAAUAAAGCCUUAUGAUUUGGUUUGUUCCUCAUGCAAGGGUAGCACAUGACUCUAUUAGCACUAUAUUCAGAGUUCAGCAGUGUAAGCUAACGCUUCAGUUGCUUUGUGUGGGGAAAAAAAAAAGCAACUCAAGAUUUUUCUUUUUUGGGUGUACUGUCACUUUAAGAAAGGAGUUUUUAAUUUGUAUCGUCUGUCAUGUGAUAACUUUUUUUUUUCUCUAACGUCAGAUGCUGUUUCAGCUACAAACCGAUUUUUUUAUUAAUAGUAGAUUCUGUAGUCUAUAAUACAGGAAGGUUUCAGAUUUGUUACACUACAUAAGCAAACAGUGAAACCUGAACUUUUAUUUGCACUCUCUACUGCAUCUGACAUCUUAAAUGCUGAUUUUCAUAAUCCUUUACAUUCCAUUACCGUUACACUUUAAUUGUGAUGCUGUUUAAAUUUUGCAAAACUGGUACGGAUCCCAAUUUGCACACUAGCAACUAUUUACAAUGCAAGAUUAGCAGAGUUUUAAAAUAUGCAUGCGGUUUCUGAAAAGACACGUCUUUGGCGAAAUUUCUGAAUGCAUGAACUUGUACAUGUGCUCAUCCGUGUAGAUGACUUUGCUUAUCGGACUUGCUCAGCGAUGCAGUGAGUGGGUGCUGUCAGAAUGAGCUGAAGGUUUAAAAAUGGAGUUCAAGCCUUGCAUGUUUGCAAGAAUCAGGUGUCGAACCGAAGUGGUGUGGAUUAUUGUGAUGUAUUUAUCAGCUGUUUGAGACUCAUUCUGGUGGCACCCAUUCACCCGUUGAUGAGCAGCAUCUGUUCUCGAUUGCCUAAGGGAGAGCAAAUGUUCAGCUAGUUAUCACCAUUCCUUUAAGGUAAUUUAAAGAGCAAUGACAAUGCUUACAUGCAGAUUUUUUUUUUUUUAAAAAGGUGCAAUUAUCUACAAAUCUACUUGCUCCAGACAUGCACUUCCUAUUUAUGCUGUGUGCAGAUUGGGAUUCAGUGCAAUGCAAAACAAUUUUUUUUUUUUUUAAAACACUAAUUUAAAACCACUAGCAUGAGUUUACUUCCUGUUGUCUGUUUACAUUUGAUAACCUAGAAAACACAGUGAACAGAUUACCUGAAAUUCGGACCCAGCCUGUAGAUGAAAAAAAAAAAAUCAACUGCAUAUUUGAAAAUUAAUCUCAGGGUGAGUCCGGUAACAAAAUUAAUUUCAAACUUUUUUUUCGCGCUGAAGGGCUCAGUAUUUCCUGAGCAGACGACUCAGCGCUUUAUUAAACGCUCAUUCAUCUGUCAUUUGUUUGCGGUUAAAUGAAGCUCCUGUGGGUGGUUUGCUAGUGAAUGACAUUGAACUGUUUACAUUUACCGUGCUGGAGCGAUCCUGACGUGUUCCUCUAACAUGCCUCAGUAACCGUCUGAAGUGUAACCUGCGAUGAGCUUUAGCAUGACGAAAAAACAAAAUAAAACAUUCAUGAUUGGA